AUGCUCUCUGUGAUUCACUGCCAGAAAAGUGUUCAGUUGGUGGAUGAUGAUUUUCUGACAUGUUUCUCUGCUGACUCACCUUUGCCACCUGUUCCCCCAGCUCUCUCUCAGGUUCCCUCUGAUUUGUGGGCCACUUCUCCUCAUGAUGUGGGCCUGGUUAAGAACUGCCCCCCAGUAGUCAUCACUCCGAAAUCUGACUACCGCCCCUGCCAGAAGCAAUAUCCUCUCAAACCUGAGGCUUUGGAGGUUAUGAAACCACGUGAACCUCCAACCAAACCUGACUGGCGUUUUGUCCAAGAUCUUUUUGUUGUGGAUCUGGCUAAUGCUUUUACAUCUGUUCCUGUUCAUCCAGACAGCCAGUUUUGGUUUGCUUUUGAAUUCAAUGGGAAGCCAUACACUUGGACCCGGCUUCCCCAGGGGUACUGUGAGUCCCCCACAAUUUACAAUGAGGUUCUAAGAGAUUCUCUUUCUUCUCUGCAGCUUCCACAGGGCGUGGUUUUGUUAAGCUACGUCGAUGACCUUCUUCUCUGCUGUCCCUCUGCUUCAGCAUGUGAGGAAGCCACACUGGCCCUCCUCCUUCAUCUUCAUUCUGAGGGUCAUAAAGCCAGUCUACACAAGCUGCAGUUCUGCCAGUCUCGAGUUCUCUUCCUGGGACAUCACAUUUCUGCCACCACCAAGGCCCUGGCUCCUAAACGGAUUGAGGCCAUUCAGAAAGCACCGAAACCUGUCACCAAGAAACAGCUGAUGUCCUUUCUUGGUAUGGUAGGGUUCUGUCGGGCCUUCAUUCCUCAUUUUUCGGAGCUUGAAGCCCCCCUUGCGGCCUGCAUACAUGGUAAGAAUCUAUCUGCUCAUGACCAUUUCCUCUGGACCCCAGAUGCUGAGCAGGCUUUUCUGUCUGUGAAACAGGUUCUGUGCUCUGCUCCAGCUCUGGCUCUGCCUGACCCAUUCAAACCUUUCUUUCAGUUUGUGGAUGAAAAACAUGGGUUCAUGUCUUCUGUUCUCCUUCAACAGCACGGCUCUCACAAACGCCCAGUGGCCUACUACUCUUCUAAGCUCGACUCUGUUGCUGCAGGUCUUCCUGGAUGUCUGCGAGCUGUGGCAGCAUGUGAAAAGGCUGUUCUUGCAUCACGUGACAUUGUGGGCUACAGUGAGCUCACUGUUUUUGUUCCUCAUUCUGUUUCCAUCAUUUUGCUUGAACAAAAGACUUCUCAUCUGUCUGCAGCUAGAUGGCUGAGAUACACCACAGUUCUUCUUGACAUGCCCAACAUCACUGUCAAACGCUGUACCACACUUAACCCUGCCACUCUCCUUCCUACAGCAGAUGAUGGUGUUCCACAUUGCUGUGAGACUGUUCUGUCUGAAGCCUGCACUCCAAGACCAGAUUUAUCUGAUGAGCCUCUUCUUAACUCUGACCUUGUUCUUUUUUGUGAUGGCUCCUCCUCCAGAGACCCUUCUGGUAAGAACAGAGUGGGUUUUGCUGUCUGUAAUGAGCAUCAGGUUCUCCUCUCUGGCUCUCUCCCUUCUCAUUUCUCAGCUCAGACAGCUGAACUUGUGGCUCUCACUGAGGCCUGUAAACUCGCACAGGGUAAGUCUCUGACUGUGUACACUGACUCACGUUACGCCUUUGGUGUGGUCCAUGACUUUGGUGCGCUGUGGCGUCACCGUAAAUUCCUCAAAUCUGAUGGUAAGCCUAUUCUGAACUCCACACAGAUCGCUGCUCUCCUGGAUGCUAUUCUCCUCCCUUCAGAGGUCGCUGUGGUGAAGUGUCAGGCUCACACUAAAGACACUUCUUCUGUUGCUCAUGGUAACGCUUUGGCUGACCAGGCUGCUAAGCAGGCAGCUCUGUCAGCCUCCCCACACAUUCUCGCUUCCUCUCCUGUCUCAGAGGAGGAUCAGUCUCCUCCUUGCUCUCUACAGGACAUCCAGUCUUUUUCUACUCCAGAGGAACGUCUCAUCUGGAAGGAAAACUCCUGCACCCCUGACUCUGCAGGCUACAAUACAGCCCGUCCUCUUGCCUGCCCUCCAGCUGGCCACACACCACCUAAUCAGCCUUUUGAUCAUUUGAUGAUGGAUUUCAUUGAGUUAACACCUGCAGAAGGUAAGAAAUAUUGUCUAGUCAUGGUAGACAUGUGGUCAAAAUGGGUUGAAGCUUUUCCAGCUAAGCAUGCUACAAGUUCAGUCGUGGCUAAGGCUUUGGUGACCGAAAUCAUUCCAAGAUGGGGAAUUCCAGCUAAGGUCUCAUCUGACAAUGGUUCACACUUUGUCAAUGCAGCCCUGAAAGAGGUAAGUGGACUGUUGGGGUUCCAGCUUAAGACUCAUUGUUCUUAUCACCCACAAUCCGGCGGAGCUAUAGAACGAGAGAACGCCACUUUGAAAGGUAAGCUGGCUAAAUGUUGUGAAGAAACAGGACUGUCUUGGCCUAAAGCCCUCCCACUCGUUCUGAUGCACAUGAGGAUGAGGAAACGUGCCCGAAUGAACCUGAGUCCAUUUGAGAUUCUGUUUGGCAGACCUCCUCACACCAGUCUGGAUCCCCCGGGACUCUCCGUGUCCACCACACACUGUGAAGGUAACAUGCUUGCUUAUUGCCAAAAUCUGUCCAAAGUUCUCUCACAGGUGCAGAGUGUGGUGAAGGAGGCCCUGCCACGCCCAGCAUCAGGUCUGCUCCACUCUUUGGUUCCGGGAGACUGGGUCCUGGUCCGGGAGACGAGACGAAAACACUGGCGGUCUAAAAGGUGGCUGGGUCCAUUCCAGGUCCUGUUGGUCACUCACACAGCUGUGAAGGUCGCUGAAAGGUCCACGUGGAUCCACGCAUCCCACUGCAGGAGGUUCCAAGGUACACCGACUCCAGCUCCAACUGACCUCUCAACUACAGGGCAGAAUAAUCCCUGAGGUCAGUCCAGUGUGAGGUAGUCUGUCCUUCACUGGCAACAUGAAGUGCACCCAGGCUGCAGUGAUGGGGUGGGCGUGCACCGUCCUCCUCAUCCUCAUCACCCUCCUCCUCUGGUACCUGGAUCCAACCGGUCCUCGCCUCACACAGCGAACCCCAGCUCCGUCCCAACCCGCCAGACGACUGCAGGGGACCACACAACGAACCCCAGCUCCGUCCCAACCUGCCAGACGACUGCACGGGACAGAAGCACCCUCCUUAAGGAGGCAUCGCCGAGAUGACCACACCCUUCAGCAUCAUGACCACACUGAUAAUCUUUGUUGGCAGGGUGCAAACAUGUCAGCUCAGACAUUGACCAAUGACAGCUGUUAUGUUUGUGGACUGGUGCCACAUGCCACACCUUCUCAGUCAGUUUUCAUUCCAUAUCCAGUCCCUUUGAACACUACUUUGUGGACUCUGAUUAUGGGUAAUAGAUUAAACCAAAG